AUGGCUAGUGACAAUUCGACUCUUCUCGCGCCGAGCGAGAUCUCGGCCGCAAACGUGACAGAGUCUUUAGCAGCCAGUCAAACUCUCACGGAGAAACUCGCCAGCCUACCAGGAAUCCUCUGGGAUAAUAAGGAUUUUUUCCUUCUCGAGGGCCGCAUAAUCUUUACGGCAAUGGCUUGUAUUUACAUUGGGUCUCAAGCCUCCCUUCGUCGCCCUCCGUCUGCAAAUCCUGCCAAGAAGGGUAAGAAAGGAGGUCGGAAAGAUCAAGACAAGGAAGACGAGCUCGUCCAAGGCCUUCUACCUUCUGAUGCCAUUCUGCUCCCUAUCAUGGCUGGGACGGUCCUCACAGGACUCUAUUACUUGAUCAAGUGGCUCGACGAUCCGGAGAUCCUCAAUAAGAUAUUAAGAGCAUACUUCUCGAUCAUGUCCCUAGUCGCCAUGGGGAAGCUCCUUGCUGACUCACUGAAUUACAUUACUGGGUUUAUAUUUCCUACCGUGUGGCUUGCAAAGAACGGCAAGCUGUACCAUAUUGACUCCUCGAAAAGGGGCCAGUGGUCUGUUGAUGAGGACUCUGCUGAACAGGUAUGGGACGACAAGAAGAAAAGUCCUCUUCCAUAUUGGUGGUCUGAGUUGGGUGUUUCCGAUGCGACGAACAGUUUACUUUGGGAGAUCCGUCAUCUACUUACGGAAGAAUGGACUAUUCGUUUCUCAAUCCAUGCCAUCACGAAUCAGAAAUUUGAAAUCAAGUUUAAUGAUAUUCUUGGUAUUGUCCUUGCCAUUCAAGCGAACAUAGUAUACUAUAUGACGCAGUCAACCUUCCUAUCCAACCUCAUGGGCUAUUCCUUUUGUUACACCGGCAUCAUCUUGAUGUCUCCGACCACGUUCGCCACUGGAACUGCUGUCCUUUUCGGGCUCUUCUUUUACGACAUUUACAUGGUUUUUUAUACCCCUUACAUGGUAACGGUCGCUACAAAGCUUGACGUUCCCAUCAAACUUGUCUUCGGAGGGCCCGCUAAAGCUAGCAUGCUCGGACUGGGUGACAUUGUACUUCCUGGGAUCUUCGUAGGGCUGUGUCUGCGCUUUGACCUCUAUAUGUACUACUACCGGCAACGAAAGUUUGUUGCCGUGGAGUUGAAAAGUAAGGUUGAAUCCUCGGGCCAACUCACCACCAGUACGGAGAAACAACGCAUGGUGGUCAAGCCGGAUUACGUGAACCCACAAGGGCAAUGGGGAGAUUGGUUCUGGAGUACAAAACUUGGCAAAUUAUCAGCAGAUGCCACGCCCGCAUUAAAAGCUUCAGCAUUCCCUAAACCGUAUUUCUACUCGGCUUUACUCGGAUACUUGCUCGCUAUGGUAGUAACUUUGGUUAUGCUGUUAGUCUACCGCCACGCACAGCCAGCAUUGCUAUACCUUGUCCCUGGCGUUGUUUUCGCCGCUUGGACUACGGGCCUAUUCAGAGGAGAACUUCACGAGAUGUGGGGAUAUACAGAAGACGGUAGUCUAGAUACCGCAGAUACAAUAGUGGAAGUUAAUGGGGAGGGGAAUGUCAUUAGCGUAGUUCAAAGCAAAAACGAGCCCAAGGAUAAGAAGAAUGACGAUAGCAAGAGGGGCGACAAACCAAAAGAUGGAGGGGAUAACAGGGCUAACGAUGAUGCUUCCCCUGAUGUGAAGUCGACCAAGCAGAACACUCCCCCCAACAAAGGGGUUGGGGACAAAGGCGAGCUUGAGGCUGGGAGGGGACAUAAACUCGAGGCCAAGAAGAGUAAGGGUUAUCCUGUUUUCCUUUUCUCGAUUGAGGUUCCAGCACCCAGCGAAACUAGCGAUUCAUAG